AUGUCCUCGUGGAUAUCUCGGGCCACCGAGAAUCGCAAUGCGCAAUUGAUAACCACAGCGGUGGUGUCCGGAGUUGUGGUGGGAAGCGCCAUCCUGGGCUUUCAAAAGGCGAGGCGGAUGUACAAAGUUGCCGAUUUGAAGGCAUCAAUACCAGAUGUUGAUGAAGAGCAUCACGCGACCAGAUUGACCGAAUAUGGCGCUGCAACCAACGCCUUUGCUCCGAGCAAAGAGGACAAGAGGAGUAUGGAACUUGCAGCAAGAGCGCGGAAAGGAGACUACGACGACGACCUCAUUCUCGAACAGCUUGCCCGCAACCGCGUCUUCCUCACCGACGACGGCCUUGCCAAACUCCGCUCAUCCUUCAUCAUAGUAGUCGGCUGCGGCGGCGUGGGCUCUCAUGCAACCGCCGCCCUCGCCCGCUCUGGCUGCUCCAACCUCCGCCUCAUCGACUUCGACCAGGUAACCCUCUCCUCCCUCAACCGCCACGCCGUCGCCACUCUCGCCGACGUUGGAACUCCCAAGGUGCACUGCAUCCGCCGGCGCCUUGAGCAAAUCACGCCCUGGACGCACUUUGACUGCCGCAAUGAGCUCUUCAGUGAAGCCACCGCGGCGACGCAACUCGCGCCUGAUGCGAACGGGCAGACGCCCACGUAUGUCAUCGAUGCUAUCGACAAUAUCGAGAGCAAGGUCGCGCUGCUGAACUACUGCCACAAAAAUGGGCUGCCGGUCAUCUCCUCCAUGGGCGCAGGAUGUAAAUCGGAUCCUACGCGCCUGUUCAUUGGAGACAUCUCCGCUUCCACCGACGACCCUUUGUCCAAAUCUACACGACGCCGACUCCGCGCUCUCGGCGUGAAGGAAGGCAUUCCCGUCGUGUUCUCGACUGAGAGACCCGGGCCCGGAAAGGCGCAGCUGCUCCCUCUUUCGGACGAGGAAUUCAAGAAGGGCGACGUCGGCGAGCUAGGCGUCCUGCCUGAUUUCCGCGUGAGGAUUCUGCCCGUGCUGGGUACCAUGCCUGCUAUCUUCGGCCUUGCGGUUGCGAAUCAUGUAAUUCUGGCUAUCUCGGGGUACCCCCAGGAAUAUCUCCCGUCGAAGAAUAGGGAUAGCAUGUACGACGGCAUUCUAGGCACGCUACAGGGAUCAGAAGGCAGAAUAGCGAAGGACUUCGGUUACAAUCAGGAAGGCCUGCGAAUUCCUAUUACCAAGGACGAUGUCGGGUAUCUGAUAGAAGAAGUGUAUCAUGGCAAGAGUGUAGUUAGCGGGCUGUCGACGAGGCUAGCGUUAGUGAGGUGGCAGAAGCCGACUACAGACUUUAUUGAUAAGAGGACGCCAGGACAGAACAACAGCCUGCUGAGAAUGAAUGACUUGGUUUGCAUGACGAAGGAGGAGGCGACGAAGCACGAGAAGGAGGUCCUCAGGGGUGGGAAGAUGCCCGGGGAGGUGUGGGAUGGGAAGGUUGUAGAGGCUGUGAGGAGGAAGAUGGAGGAGGAGAGCAAGUAUGAGAGAUUCAGAUGA